AUGGGCUCCUUAGCACCCGCUCCAUCCGUAGCCAUCAUUGGCGCUGGCCUUGGAGGACUCACACUCGGUCUUGUCUUCAAGCAACAUGGCUACGACCCAACAUUCUAUGAACUGCGAGACCCUGAUUACGACUUAGGUGGCGCCAUCAUGCUGCAGCCCAACGCUCUGUGCGUCCUGGAUGCUCUCGGUGUCUAUUCCCGCGUCAAGUCCCGGGGCUUUGGCGCCCAGGUCAUCACAUUCCUGGCUGACCCUGACCUCGAGUACACAGGCGAGUACUGGUUUGGACGCGAAGACAUCUACGGGUACGACGCGAUUCGUCUUUCACGGCAGGUUUUGAUCCGCGAACUAAGAAGCCUGGUCAAAGAAGCCGGCAUGGAAAUUCACUAUGAGCGCAAGUUUGAAAAGGUGGUGACGGAAGACGAGUCGGGCGUGUGUUUCCAGUUCGCAGAUGGCACGCAGGAGAAAGCAGACCUCUUGAUUGGCGCGGACGGUGUGCAUUCCAAGGUGCGCGCGUACAUGUAUCCGGAUGUGCAUCCUACAUACUCCGGCGUCUUUGGCAUCACGUAUGCUUUCCCCACGGCCAACCUCUCUCUGCUGACCCCGGACUUUCCGCUUCCGGCCUCGAUUCAGCACAAACUGGGUUCCUUCAUCAUGGCGCCGCAGAACGACGGAGGACACGAGAUGUUUGCAGGGCGACAAUACAAGUACCCGAAUCAGGAUCGAGCGGGCUGGGAUGCAUUGGCAAAUGAUAAAGAGAAGCUUAUGGAGAUGAUUCAGCGCAGCACGGAAGAAUGGUCUCCACUCGUCCAGUCGGUACAAGCUCAAGUCAGGAGCCCAGACACGCAUUCCCUGUCCAUCUGGCAGUUCGACAGCGUCCCCAAAAUGGAGCGCUGGUACUCAUCCACCGGGCGGGUCAUCAUGCUCGGAGACGCCGCACACGGCAUUCCACCAUCCAUAGGCCAGGGCGCCAACCAAGCCUUUGAAGACGGAUAUAGUCUUGGUUUGAUGCUAGCAAACGCCGACGGCAAAGUCGCAUUGACAGACGCACUGAAGGCGUGGAACGACUACCGGCAAAAGAGAAUGGAAAAGGUACUCACGCUGACGCUGCAGGUGCUUUCGAUGCGAAUGUCCAACGAAGAGAAGGCAAAGAUUCCUGAGGAGCUGAGGUGGGACGACGAUGGAAGCGAGGGGGGCAAGACAAAGCUCUCGUGGCUGUAUGUCAACGACGUGAAGAGCGAUGUUGAGGCGCUGCUGGAGGAGCUGGGUGUCGAGCGCUGA